AUGGGACUCCUCAGCCUCUUUUCCAGAUCAUCCGCAAGCGAAAGCAGUGCACGUACAUGGACUCUUGCAGGCCAUGCGAAGUUACGUGAUGCUCAGCACCGUCAGUAUCCAGGGUUGCCAAGUGAUAUCAAUCAUGAUCUGUCCAUUGGAAAGGGAUCCUAUUCCGCAUACGACGAGCAGUCCAGAGAAAGCCACCCUAAUCCCCUACGACAAGACAACCCACAGGCGCAGCAUGCGCCAACGCCUGUGCUGGAAGACAUCUUCCCUCAAGCAGACACCAAUGACACCAAAGUUGCUUCCUUGGACUCACCUGCCGAUUCUCUGCAUUUGGUCAAAGGCUCUGGACGCUUUGUGACCUUCCUACGUUCCCGCAAGUCUCGACGCCAAAAGUCUCCGUUGAGUGCUCCCAAACUGCACAAUGGUCGCGUUGCUGGGGGUUCGAAAUGCUGCAACCAUAAGUGUACCGUAAAUGAUAAUACUGGAGAUCAUCGAAGCGCAAAUGGGCGGAGGCUACUUCAGAGCCAGAAUAGCCUAAUGGGGCCUUACGAGGCCAGAAAGGCUAGCGACAGGACCACACUCUCUCACAAGUCUGAUCUUACAAGCAUGACUGUAUCUCACCAUCCGUCAAAACACACCUUAGCGCCUAUUGCUCUCUGCCACAGGGAAAAUGUGCGUCAGAACCCGGUCGAUGAGCUUGGGGAGCCCUGUCGUCGAGUAUCAAGUUAUUACCCCUUCUUAGAGCCAUCGGUGACUACUACCAGCUCCGCAACACAAGCUAGCUCAUAUUGUGGUGACAUGAAUCCCGAGAUCGCUCAAAUGGCUGGAAUAUUUGCAAAAUGUGGAAAUCCCUUCGAUCAAGAAUCUUUUCGCGACCAUGAAAACCUAUCACUCGUCAGUUCGUCCCGCACCGUGUCAAGAGAUAGCACUUGGUCGCUUCACAUCGAUCGACACACAGCCGCUAUCGCCUUCAAUGAGCUUGCCGCUCGAUUACAUCUAGAUCCACUGGACUUGGACCAAUCAUUGUCCACACCAGAAGUGUUCUGUAACGAGGGCGACUUGAAGAUGGCCGCCCGAAUUUACGAUUACUUUGCGAAACAGGUGCUGUCCGCUGAAAAUGUGCGUGAUAGGAUUGAGACAACGGUCCGGCGUGGCGAACUACCCAUCGAUUUGAUCGGAAUGUUCGACCACGGUGCUUCCCGUAAAUUCUCUUCGCAGGUUCUCAGUGUUGGCUGGGUAUUCAAGGCUCUACUCGCCGGACUGCCGGGCGGAAUCCUGGGGUCGGCGCGCUUGUACCGUGUCCUCGUUAACAUUUGCUACGGGCGUAUCGCGGAGCGCAAUGAGAGCAAUGGCGACGGUGGCGGUGGCCUCUCUCCCCCAGGUCACACGAAGCUGCAAGCGAUCGGUCUUGCUGUCCUGGCGCUCACCACGCCCAUGCAGUUGAAUCUCAUCUGCGCCUUUUUCGGGCUCUGUGCGAUGCUACAGUACGAGACGGAGCGGGCGGGUGUAGUCGAUGAACUUGGGGGCGACGCUGGCCGAAGUGGCCUCACCUUCGGGCUGUCGAGUGUGGAGCGCCUCGGCCAUGUUCUUGGGCCACUGUUGACCCCAGACGGGGGAGACGGGGGAGACGGCGGGCAGGACACAUUCCGGGCCAUCGAGCGGGAGAUUGAAAAUCAGCGGGUGAUGACGAUGUUGAUCAGCAGUUGGGGCAGCAUCAAUCAACAGUUGCGAGUCUGGCAGAAUCAAGGAUCGGUUGCGCGGCUGGGGUCUUUCUUCAGGUUAUUCAGUUGGGAGCAACCGUUGGCCGACAGCGAAUGUCACGUUGGCGGGUGA